AUGGACUUAAACAAUAAUCUUGAUGAGGGGAUUUCCUAUAAAGUUACGGACAGGCAGCUACCAAUCGCAAAUGUGUCGAAAAUUAUGAAAGAUGCAAUGCCAAAUGCUGCUAAAAUUUCUAAGGAGUCAAAAGAAUUAAUGGGCAAAUGCGCAUCAGAGUUUAUUGCGAUUAUAACAUGUAGAGCCAAGAACAUUUGUGAGUGUGAAGCACGGAAAACAGUAACAGGCGAUGAUCUGAUCCGUGCGAUGGAGGAUUUGGAUCUGCCGUAUUAUUCUGAAAUAACAAAAAUAUUUUUUGAACGAUACAAAGAUACAGGUAAUGACUUCAAAGCCGGCAAAUAUUUCUCAGAUACUAUAGAUUUUUCCGAGUUUCAAAAAUAA